CGCGAAUUACGUAUUAUUAUUACCGUCCCUCGUGAAUCGUCAUUAUUUGAUGAUUAAUCGGAAAUUCGCGACAAUGUCUGUCGGUUUUCCGGUUUUCCCAUAUGCGGUGUAGCGAUACGUCCGAUAACGGAUGGCGAUAAUGACGGCCCGAUAAAACGGCCGAGACGGAAUUGCGCCGCUCGUGUGAGAUGACCGUCGGGCCAUGUGCGAGAUCCGCAGUGUCUUCUUCUGACGCGACGAGGAAGCGUGGACGAGGGGAUGUCGAGGCUGGACGCGUACGAGCUCACGCACCCGGAAUCGCUGUCGGAGCACCAGCUCCGCGAGAUCCUGAAGAACAGCUGCAUUGAGAUCCUCAAGUUCGAAAAGUUAUGUAGAAGCGAACUGCUGGAAAUGUAUAAACGAGUUGCGAUGCCUUUACCUCAACGGCAGCGUGAAAAUGGCAAGGGCCCAAGCGCAGUAGAUACGACAGCAGAAAAGUCCUUUACAGCUAUAAGUGAUAACGAUACACACAGCUUAGCUGCAGGCUUGAACAGAGGAAAGAGGAUAUUCCAAACGUCUCAGCUUCAAGCAGAUAAAUUAAAGCCUCCCCUUAACGAUCAAAAGUCAAUGAAUAAGAAGAUUCGAUUAUGUUCUACGCCGAAAGUAGAAAUUGGGUGCAAUGGAAUUUACAAACGCAAUUCCGAGGAACAGUGCGAGGAAUCACUACCGAAAAAACGUCAGAAGAUCACGUGGCCGUAAACAAUAAAAGAAAGAUGUUGCUCUAUUUUUUUUUAAAUUUGUUACUAGGAAUUCGAUUUUAAGUAGCAGUAUGCUAAUACAACGAUUUCUGUAUCACAUGGUUGAGCUUGCAAUGUUUGGCCAGUGUAUAAAGAAAACCGUAUGCGAAGAUUGCUUGCCAAUCUUGUCCAUAAAAUAUUUGAGUGAAUCGAUUUAAUAUGUUGAAUCAUGCUGAUUUAAACAGACAGAGAUAUUAAUGUUAAUAACUCUUAUGUUAUUAUGUUUCUCGAUUUUUUUAAAUCCAAAUAACAUAAAAUGUGAUGAUUCUAUAGGUAGGUCGGAUGAUUUUACGAGUAGGUCUAAUUUUAUACAUAGUUUAUUAUAUAAAUUAGGAAGAAAACAGAAAUUAUAUGACUAUUAGAUUUGGCAGCUGGUAAUACAUACAAGAAAAUCUUACAUAUAUUAUGUUUAAUAUAUGUAUCUGCAUCUGUAUCAUUGUAUCGAUUUUUUAUUUAAUCGAGCAACCAACAAAUUGUACAUACAUGACAUAAUGGGUCAAUUAUAAGCAGAAUCAUAAGCCUUGUAAUUUUUUCUCAUAAGACUUAUAAGAAUUUAUGACUAUCAUUGUAAUUCUUCUUGCAUACAUCUUAAACCUAAGACGUACGAUAAUUCAUAAAUAUCUAUUCCUCGUAAAUAAUCGUAAAUCUUAUGGCUAGCAAGAAGCUAUAAAGAUCUAUGAAGAUAUUAUAAAAUUGUAAGCACUUAGUCAUAAGUUCUUACAACGUUUUACGAAAACAGGUUACGAGUCUUACGAUUCUGCUUAGUAUUAAGCCAUAAAAUUGAAUUAGACAUUAAAUCAGCGGUAUUUAGAGAUAAACGAAUCGACAGACGCGUGCGUUAGUUAAGGUGAUUUUAUUUUCCUGCAAUGUAGAGAUAUAAACAGUAUUAUAAGCAAUGAUGAAUUUACUUAAAAAAAUGAUUAUCUUUUUGUAAUGCAUAAUAUCGAUCGCUUGUUAUUCACGUCGUAUGCAGUGCCUCACAUUGUGAAGUGAAAAUAUCGAUAGUAUUUGUAAAUUCAGAAUUUACAUGCACAUAUUAAGUCUGCUCUUUGUAGCUGCAUUAUUCUUUACCUUCUGCACUUAAAAUAGAAAUAGACUGAAAUAGAUAAUUAAAUCAAAAGUUGGAAAAAAGAGAAAAGAGGGUUCAGCUACAAAGAGUAAACUUGCAUCGAUUGAUGUUUGCGCUGCGCGUGAUCUAUACGGUGUAUGCGACAUUUUUGUGUGUGCAACGUUUAUCGAUAAGAUAAUGAUUACUCAUUCAUAUCUGAAUAAUUGAUCUUAAUUGUUUUGACAUUGAAUAAAAUAUCAAUGCGGA